GCGGUGGAGAUCUCUAUGAUCCUCCGAGUGCAAGCGCUCUACGGCGGCAACCGCAUCGUCCUCAUGAUUCUAAUGUUGCUCCUCUUCGGGGAGGCGAUUACUUUUGGUGUCGUCGCAGCAAUGGGGUUCGUUGUCGCUAUCCCUGGUCUCAUACCCUUUCCUGCGGGUUCACCGAUUCGAGGGUGUGUCAUGUCCGCCGAUACAACGUUUUUCAUGCAAUGCUGGGUUCCAACUCUGAUAUUCGAGUUCAUCCUGUUCGCGUUGAUGGCCUAUAAGUGCCUGAGAAACGCGUACGGUAGAAAAACGCCCCUUCAUGUGAAGUUCUUCAAGGACGGUACCGUGUAUUUCGCCUUGAUGUUUGUUGCGCUUCUGUUCUAUACGAUCUCCUGGCACAUUCCCGGAUUGAGAUUGACCGGCGGCGCUCUGG